UAAAGAGAAUGUUUAAUUUUAAACAUAUUGUCAUUAUUUGGACAAAAUGUUUAAUUUUUUUUACCCAAGCAAAAAUUAUUGAGUUGCCAUCCUAUAAUGUCGAUAGAAAUGCUAUUUCUAUGAGUGGGUUCUCCUCUGGUGGUUUUAUGACAUCACAAUUCCAUUUCUCCAUGUCAAAGAUAAUUAUGGGAUCAGGGAUCAUAGCGGGUGGUCCUUACCACUGUGCAUCCAGUAUAACUUUGGAUCCACCCAACAGAUAUAUACACUACAUGAACCAGCCUGAUACAAUGGAUGUGAACUUGUUGAUAAACAUAACAAAGGAAAAUGAAAAACAAGGACUCAUUGACCCUUUAUCUUAUCUUGCCGACGAUAAAGUUUAUAUAAUAGCGGGCUCACAAGACACACUGAUAGCACCAGGUACUGUGGAAAAGACUUUACAAGUUUACCAAAACUUCACCAAAGCUGGGAACAUCAAGUUUGAAUAUGUUGGGAGCGAACAUGGCUUCCCUACAGUUAACUAUGGUGGGGAAUGUGCCCAAGUCAACGAUGUUCUAAUGAACAGUUGCAACUUUUCCACAGCGCAUAAAAUACUUAACCAUAUUUAUGGAGACUUACAAUCCAGUGGGAAUUCAGAUGGUACUCUGUUUAAAUUUAAUGCCACAAAAUUUUCAAACGGCACCGAAAAAUCGAUGCAUGAUUUAGGUUUAGAUGAUACAGCAUAUGUGUAUGUGCCUAGUGAAUGCGAGAACGAGUAUAUUGUAUGUCGCUUGCAUGUAGUUUUACAUGGGUGCACGCAAGAUGCUAGUACUAUAGAUGAUGUAUUUGUAUCUAAUGCUGGUUACAAUGAAAUAGGGGCGGCCAAUAACAUUAUAAUGCUUUACCCACAAGCUAAAAUAAUGGAAGAUAUAAACCCAUAUGGUUGUUGGGAUUGGAUCGGAAACACUGGGCCUUAUUACGCAACAAACAAAGGGCCUCAUAUCGUAACAAUAUAUAAUAUGAUGAAACAAUUAACGGGAGAUGACUUGGUUUUUUAACUUUUUAAAGCAGAAUAUUGGGGCAUGCGUUUGUAGUGCUAUGGUUGUGUUUUCCUAUCAUGUGAGUUAUGUCACUGUAAUUGUUGUAUAGUAUGUUAUUACUGUACCAUGUGUUUACUGUUAUAAACCCAGGGGUUAUGCCUAAUGGGCCAACUCUGGCCUAAAUCUCUGGUUAAAUUGCAUGUCCCACUGUAAGACCUCACCCAUAUGAAAUAGAAUGUGUUGUAACAUUCUAUAGCGCUGUAUGUUAUACUAUUGUAGUGUGUGUGAUAAUAUGAUGAUAUGUGUUGCUAUAUUAUGGGUUCUUCUAUGUGCUGUAGAUCAAAUAUGUUUUGUUAAACCUUAAAAUUGCAAUGUUUCCCAAUGUGUGUGAAAUUAACCUGCAAUAAAUUGAAUACAGAUUGAU